AUGGCUCAUUUCCUUGACCGCGCAUUUGGCUACACGCCGUCGAAUGUCAAGGUUUGCAACCCCCUAUUGGCCGAGGCACUCAAGACGAACUCGACGCUGAUCACAUUGAUCUUGUGGGACAACUGGAUCGAAGACGAUGGAGCUAAGGGAAUGGCUGAGGCACUCGCGAUCAACUCGACGCUGGAAACGUUGUACUUGGGCGACGGCUUGAUCGAAGACAAUGGAACUCGGGCGUUGGGUCGGGCACUCAUGACCAAUGCAGCUCUGAUCUUUCUAAACUUGAACAAAAACAUGAUCGGAGACAAAGGAACUAAAGCAUUGGCAAGGGCACUCAGGAAAAACUCGAUCCUGACAACCUUGAGGUUGAAGAACAACUCGAUCGGUGACAAAGGAGCUGAAGCGCUGGCUGAGGCACUUAGGAUAAACUCAGCUUUGGUCAAUUUAGACUUGAGUAGACUCUAUUGGGGACUACGGAGCUCAAGCGCUGGCUGA